CGACAUGCUUCCGCUGCAGCGGCCGUCGCCGAAAAACCUGCCGAGGACUCACAUCAAUCUUCCAACACACCAGCACAGGCUACAGGCCCCAAGAAAGCCUUCCGUCUAGUGUGUGGCACCGUGGUCUCUCGCCCACCAGUCCUCACGCGAGAAUUGACGUCCUUCGAGAAGGCCUUCUUUCUGUAUCAGAAACGCCUUAACGAGCGAUUAGCUCUUCCCUUCACACGAUACUUCUACAUCAAAAAAGAUACACCAGCCGAUAUUGAGUGGAAGCGGAAAGCGGCCGUUCGGAAGACAGCAGCGCGAGAUGUUGGUGUAUACAACGCAUACAGCGACGAGGGAUGGAAUGAUGAGGUGUUGGCCGGAAGUACAUUAAGCGAGCCGGAGGACAUUGUGGAAAAGUUGAUCAGGGAUGCGGAAGGAAAGGACAUCAUCGAUGCUGAACCAGUAGGCGACGAGGAGACCAAAGUCAGGAAACCCGUCGGAGAAGUGUCAAUCGAUAGACCUCUUUCAAGAAGGACGAGGGACGACGAGGAGAACAACACAAAGAGUCUGAACCGGAGGCUCGACCGGAAUCUAUACCUGCUUGUCAAGAACAAGCAUGGACAUUGGAGAUUCCCUCAAGAUCGAUUAUAUGCUCGAGAAGGUCUGCAUCAGGCUGCUGAACGUGUGCUCCUUCAAGCCGGUGGCAUCAACAUGAACACAUGGGUUGUAGGUAACCACCCGAUCGGCUACUACAUGAACAAAUUCGCAGCACCGAUCCUUUCGAAAAUCCUGCCCAACCGCCUCCAGGAAUUUGGCGAGAAAGUCUUUUUCAUGAAGGUUCGCAUAUUCGCAGGACAGACAGAUCUCAAAUUGAAUGAGCUCGGAGACACUGAGUACGAGUGGCUUGUCAAGGAGGAGAUUGAGGAGCGAGUGUCGAAGAAGUACUGGAUGGCGAUUCGGAAUAUGCUCUCGGCGCGAUAG